UUUUCCAUGGAUCCCAAAAACAAAAGACCCCUCAAAAUCCACUUGGUGUGCUCCACCGACUCGCCCGAGUUCGCUCACCUAACACAGUCUCUAACUCGUUCCUUACUCGUCGCACUCGACGCCGAGUGGAAACCCAUCCGCGCCCACCAGUCCCACUUCCCCACCGUGACCCUCCUCCAACUCGCCUGCCAACUCGGUCCUCGACUCGGCGCCGACCCGGACGAGUCAGCCGAGUCUGAAGACUCGGUGACUUUCCUUGUCGACCUGAUUUCAAUCCCUCUAUCUUCAAUCUGGGAAUUGCUCAGAGAUGUUUUUGCUUCCCCUGAUAUAUUGAAACUGGGUUUUAGAUUUAAGCAGGAUUUGAUUUACUUGUCCUCUACUUUCUGUGCGCAAGGCUGUGAUCCUGGGUUUGACAGAGUUGAGCCCUUUCUGGAUAUUACAAGUGUAUACAAUCAUUUGCAACAUGGAAGGAAGACAUCGAAGCAAAUUAAAAGUUUGGCAACCAUCUGCGAAGAAGUGUUGGGCUUUUCUCUUUCAAAGGAACUUCAAUGUAGUGAUUGGUCACAUCGUCCUCUUACAGAAGAGCAGAAAACAUAUGCAGCAAUGGAUGCACACUGUUUGCUCGAAAUAUUCAACAUCUUCCAGGCAAAGCUUGUCAAAGAAGGGAGUUAUUUUGACAAUAUCACCAAACCCGUUACCCCUAAUGUAAAUCUUGGGUUGAAAGAGGUUCUUGAAAAGCAUGAUAUGAGUAGUAAAAUUUUAAGGAUCAAAUCUUGUGAAGCUUUAAGUAUAGUUCGGGCUACAGCUUUUGAUUUUUUGCAAAUAAUAGCUACAGUAGAGGGAAUGGUUUCAAAGUCAUCAUGCAGAAAGACCAUGCCUAUGGAUGAAUCUCUCUUGAAGGUUGUAAAAAAAUAUGGGGAAAAAAUUUUGUUGAAAGAAUCAGACAAAAAGCCAAAGGCCACAAAAAAGAAAGGGAAGAGACGAUUAUCGGCUGGUGUGAUUUGCAGAGAAAAGCGAUUAGAAGAUUUUGAUAAUUGGCGAGGCCCCGCACAGUGGGAUUUAUCUCUGGGGGGCGAUGGAUGCCCAAAAUUUCUAUGUGAUGUGAUGGUUGAAGGCUUGGCAAAACAUUUACGGUGUGUUGGGAUAGAUGCUGCAAUUCCAUAUUCAAAAAAGCCUGAAUCCAGAGAGUUAAUAGGACAAGCAAUCAAAGAGAAGAGAAUGCUCUUGACACGAGAUGCUAAGCUGCUAAGAUACGAGUAUCUGAUAAAAAAUCAAAUAUAUAGGGUGAAGAGUCUUCUAAAAAAUGAACAGCUACGUGAGGUGAUCGAAACUUUCCAGUUAAAAAUUAGUGAGGAUCAGCUGAUGUCAAGGUGCACCAAAUGCAACGGGAAGUUCAUCCAAAGGCCCCUAUCCACUGAAGAGGCUGUUGAAGCUGCAAAAGGUUUCCAAAGAAUUCCCAACUGCUUGUUUGACAAGAACAUAGAGUUUUGGCAGUGCAUGGACUGUCGCCAACUUUACUGGGAGGGAACCCAAUACCAUAAUGCAGUCCAGAAGUUCAUUGAUGUAUGCAAGUUGAACGAGUAAUCAGAAGUUCAUAAUCAUUUUGAUGCCAUUGGAGUAGAUGUGAUCCGGAUUCCGGAGCAUCAGAUCACAUGAGUUGGGCUUUAUUGGACUUUUUAUUUAGUUGCAUUUUAGUUCUUUUCUGACAGAUUGUAUUAUUUUUAUUUGGACUUUUUGUUAUUUUAGCGGGCCAUAUUAGCCCAAGUACCACUUGGGCAGAAUUAUUUAAUGUAAUUGGGGCUUAUAUUGAAUUGAAAAAUUGGCGCGUUAAGGCGCAUUUGUCUUUAA